AUGAGUAAACCAACCUUCAUCUUGGCGCCGGGCGCGUGGUACCCGCCCACGGCAUUCCACCCCCUCAUUGAGAAACUGGAUGACUACACCUGUCACACAGUCGCAUUCCCAUCCAUUCAGCAAUCAAGCACAGUGCAAGACCUGCAACCCGACAUCGACAGUGUCCGUACACUAGUCGAGUCCGAAGCUGACGCAGGAAACGAUGUAAUCCUCGUUUUGCACAGCUGGGCCGGGUUACCAGUCUGCAGCGCGCUGGACGGACUGAGCAAGACCGAGCGACAAAAAGAAGGCAAAAAAGGCGGUGUCGCCAAGCUUGUUUUCAUCGCGGCGUUCAUUCCCCAGAUCGGGGAGAGUUUGAUCAGUGCGUUCGGUGGAACUCCGCCUCCGUGGUAUAUUCGCGAUAUUGAGAAUGGAACCGUCACAGCCAGUGACCCGUUCUGGCUUUUCUUCCACGAUGUUCCUGAUGGGCAGGAGUGGGCUGCUACGCUGAGACCUCAUGCGUGGGCUACGAAGAAUACGCCUGCGACUAGUGCAGCGUAUUACCAGAUUCCGUCGGCGUAUCUGCUUUGCGAAGAGGAUCGUGCCAUUCCGAUGGCCGUGCAGCAGUUGAUGGUUGACCGGGCUCAGACGAGGGGUGCGACCAUUGAGACGGAGAAGAUCGCUACGUCGCAUACGCCUUGGCUUGUGUACCCGGAGAAAGUGGCGGAGUAUCUGCGGCGACAAGCUGGGGAGUCUGUUUGA